CAAUAUUCCUGGCAUUUCUUGAUUUUAUACCAUGGCGCGGUGAGCUCGCUACAGACGUCUCUCCCUCCUUGGCCCGAUUCGCGCAGUUUGUUCACCUCUUUGCCUUCUUCCCCACGUUCCUUGCCUACCAUCACCAUAUCUCACGAAUGGUCCCGUAGAGAACCGUUCCUGCCCGCCCGCGCGUCAAUUUGCGAACGAUAUUUUGAGUGGGGUGGAUGUUGCGGUUCGUGAAGCGUUUUAGGACGAUAUUCCCCGCGGUACGGUCCAUUUGAAAAAUCCGGUCUCGAUGCUGAGCGUUUGCAAAACCGUGUUCCUCGUGUGAGUUGUGUUGUCA